AUGAAACUCACAGCUGUCUUAUUAUUUCUGGCAACAGCUUGUGCCGAGCAUCAGCACCGCCGAGACACAACUGACAAUGGCAUCAACAUCGGUGCCGUCUCAAGCGCACUAGCACACAUGACCGCCAACCAAACAGCCAGUGCCAAUUUCGGGAACAUCUCCUCCCCGCCAAGAUCCCUCAUCGGCGAGAUCCUCUCAGCAGUCCCAGUAUCCGUAAUCUGGGAAUUGAUCAACCCAGAGCAGCGCAAAUCACUAGCCAGUCAAUUCAACGCCGGCACCACACCAGCCUGGUACAGUGCCCUCCCCACCGACGUAAAGAGCUACAUGUCCGUGGUGCGCUCGCAGAUCUCAGAUGGCGCUUUGACAGCCACAACGGGGGCGUAUGCCAAAACGGCAACGCAGACGCAGACGCAAUCCCAGGCUCAAAGCACGUCUGCGACCGGGGCAGAUUCGCAGUCUGCGUCCUCGUCUUCAUCUUCAUCUUCGACUUCGACUUCCUCAAGUGCGGCUGCACCCACGGAAUUGACUGUCUCGGUGAUGGGUGCAUUGAGUGUGCUUGGGCUAGCACUUGCUUUGUGA